AUGUCUGUAUUAGGCGACACUCUGCACGCUGCCAACGGGAGUGAGGAAGUCAUUUCAAAAGGAGAUGUGUGUCCUCGAAGACUAUCACGGGUGUCACGACUAAGAGAUAUGUUCCAGAAUGGUAUUGUAAGACCUAUUGACGAUGCGGAAGAUGGAUAUAAUGUCGAAACUUCUGUGUGUCCAUCAUCCUCACGCCCCGAGCUAGAAAGGUUUUCAAGGGCAUUCCCAGGAUCUCCCCCUAUAAAAACUCUGCGUCAUCAUAGAACAAGUUUGACGAAGAACGAAUCUACUCAACAAAGCAUUAGUUCGUCCAGGUCAGUGGACGCAGCUCUUUCCUCUGGACAUCGUUCCCUCCUUCAGUCUCCACCUAAAAGACCUCCAAAACCCCGCCACUUAUGUUUGUCUAGUCCCACUACUCUUGAAGCUGUCGAGUUGAAGCCAGUUGCUUCGAAAAUCUCUGUUGAAAAGAAAUUUGAUGAUGAAACUUCAGAAUCGUUGAAAAUUUCCACUACUGACAAUCAACCGUCAGCAGAAAAAGUAAAUGGAGAUUUACCCCACUCAAACACUGCUCAACAUUCAGCAGUUAGUUCAUCUCAUAUAAGUGCUAUCGAAAUCAAACCUCAUCAAGUUAUCAAUGAUGAUCCGGUUGAACGUUUAUCCUAUGCGUCUAUAACUCCAUUCUAUUCAUUUAAGAAGAGUGCACAACCAACUGAAAACGGUCUAACCAAUAAUGAUGUUUGUCAGGAAUCUUGUGAUGCCAUUCAAUCUGCAGAAAAUCCACAUCUGCAAUCAACUAAACGUUCACUUAAUUUGCCGAUAGAUCAUCAUUGUGCAAGUGCGAAUUCCCAGAAAUUCAGGAUUUUGUUCUUCCACCUGACGCAUUUCACACGGCUCCAUUCCAUGGAACUGCUUCACGCUGAAACUGUCGCAGUAGAUACUCCAGAUGACGAAGAUGUAGACGACAAAGUCAAUGAUUGUGUCGAACACCAUACUGCAAAUUCGUCAAUAAUAAUUAUCAACGGAUCUCAGUGCACUUCACCUUUCAGUCCACUAACCACUCUACCUAUUCCAAAAGGACUGAAUGUUGUUGCAGUUGAUGCUGAUGGUGUACACAUUUUCGAAGAUGGCAAUUUCUUAUACGCUCUUCCUGGUCUGAAUGAUAAAUGUUCAGAUGAUUCAGAUUUUUAUGAUUCCCACUCAGGCAAGCUAGUCAAUAAAUGUACAGGAAGUAAUGACAGCCUAGUCAGGCAACCCAGGGUUCGUUUCAGCUCUGAACCUAUCUUGGUAUUCAGUACUCAUUCGACUACAGAUUACAAUCGUCGAAAUGAAGAAAUUGAUCCAUUGUCUGCUUCAGCUGAAUAUGAAUUAGAAAAGCAUCUAGAAGAUAUGGACAUGUUUGAAAUUGAUUUUCAUAAAGGUGCAAAUGGUCUCGGCAUCAGUAUAGUUGGUUCAGGUGUCGAUACAUCGUCAGGUGAACAAAAGUUGAGUAUAUUCAUUAAGUCACUCACUCCUGGAGGAGCUGCAGAAGCUGAUGGGCGUAUACAAGUAUACGAUCAAAUUGUUCAAGUGGAUGGACACAGUUUGGUUGGUGUUUCACAGCAGUUUGCAGCUCAAGCGCUUCAAAGCACUGGAGAAAUUAUUCAUUUUGUCUUAGCACGAGACAAAGACCCACCGAAUUCUCGUAUUGCAAAAAUUUUGUCAGAGAAACAAGAAGAAGACGAAGAAGAUGCGAAAUCGAAUAAAUCACCAGAUAAAAGUCAAGAAAUGGCAGCAACUCAAACAGACAAUGUAGUGCAACAGUUAUCAGGUGGUGAUUCUACAGAAGCAUUGCAUAAUUUGAUUGCGGUAGCUACACGAACACUGAAGCAAGCUAAUGAAUGGGAUGAUGAUGACGAAGAUGAGGAUAUUGUAGCUGAAAAUGAAGAGGGUGAAGAUUUUGAACUAGAAUCAUCAUGUGCAAAAUAUAUCCUCUCUAAUAUUGUGAAUGAUACUUCUCCUGUAAAUGGUUGUUUUGAACAGUUUAAGAAAUCUACAAACUGUGUAAACAAUGAGAGAAAUAUGAAAAUUGUCAAUGGUAGCCUAAAUGUGUCUGAUCGGCUUCAUUCUAGUCCUCGAUCUGCUCUUAAGGGAACAGCAACUGCAGCAUCAACUCGUCGACGUAACGAAGCUAUUAUGGAAUACAUUCGUCAGGCUGUAUCUGUUCGAGAUAAUGUAUGCUUACCAUCUGAUCUUCAUCAUGGUCCUACAGAUGUUAAUAAGAAUCCAUUUAACACUACAGAUUAUCUAACCCCUGUAUCUUGGGCUUUAGCUAGUGAACUUCAUGACUGUACAACACAACUACGAAAGCUUCAUUCUCGUGUUCGAAACCUAGAACAACGUUUGACGGCUCAAGAGGCAGCAGCAGAUGAAGCAAUCGAAAGACUUUGCCUACGCUGUCGUCAUUUAGAAUUAGAGCUAAAGGAAUCACAUCAAAAAAAUUCUCAAACAACGAUCCCCCAACACAAUACACUAAACUUCCAAAAUGAUGUGAAUUCUGAUAACUACUCUCUUGGGGAAAGUGAUAUAUUUGAUCCCAGGUACCAAACAUCAUCUUUUAAUAUGUCGUAUAAGGAGGAUGAUGGAAUUGUACUGUCCACAAAUUCUGAUACUGAGUUGGGGAAAUUUCCUAGGCUAUCUGAUAUAAAUGAACCUAUCAUUUCAACUCAAAGUCAUGUGAACGGCAAUAUAUCACUUCAUGGGCGGCAUCUAAACUAUGAUGAGGAUAAAGUGGAAGAUAAUAAUAAUGAUAAUAAUGGUGUCAAUUCUCUACAUACUCAACAUGAUCAUUAUUCAACUACGGUAGAGUUACCAUUUUUUUUAAGACAAGCUCAAGAUCGAACUAGACUUGUCAAUUCCGGUGGUUUAGCUGGUCGACGUCCUCCUACAAGAAUUGUUGUGAAUUCACCGUUUGCUUCAUUCCAUGGAACUUCUGCAACUUCAUCAUCUCAUUCUCAAGUAAUAUCCAACUCAAAUCCCUUCAAUGCCAAUAACCACAGUUCCUGUGAGACAAUAUUUUCAAACUGUAGUUCCACUUCUUCUCGGCCUCUUCCCCCGAGUUCAUUCCAAUUCCACUGCUCCCCGAAUAUAAAUCAAUCCUCUCCAAUUCAUACCAAAUUAGUAUCCAAAGGUUCAACGGACUGCAAGAUACUACCAAAGCAAACACCACCUACACGCAAACCAAUAAGUUAUCAACUACCAGGGCUUACAGAUAAUUCAUUUCAAACUCUGACUCUGAAUCAUAAAUUUAAUGACUUAAGAAAAAUGUAUCCACCAUUGAUGUGA